AAUUAAUGUUGAUAAAUGUGAAAUAUAAAUAUAUUUUACCGGAUCCAAAUUUUUCAUCUGAAUAUUAAAUUGAAAUUAAGAUCGAAAUAAACUAAAAAAUAAAAAAAAAAUUUGUCUUGACCACUCUUUUUGCACUAUUUGUAUUUAUAAUAAAAGAAAUUAUGCGUCUAUUAUUCUUUCAAGAAGGAGAAUAACAAAAAAUAUGAUAUAGAAAAUAAAACUGACGCACAAAUCUCAGAUCACUAAUAUUGACAUGCGUAACCGAUAAAAUUUUCGCGCCAAUUUCAUAUUCCGUUUAUUAGUUUAUUAAUAUUUACAAUAAGUGUCAGCAAUAAAUAUAUAAUUUAAUUAAAAAUGAAAUUCAGAUGCAGAAUGAUGGAUCAGAAUAUCAUGCGGGAUUUUACGAGUAUUGUUAACACCAUAUCCCGAAUGGCGAAAUACUGCGUUUUGCGAUUGACACCAGACGAAUUAUGCUUUAAUAUCGGCGACGAGCGAAUACCUGUGCUUUGGGCUGUACUUUCUCCACAAUAUCUUUUUACGGAAUACAUUAUGAGCGGAGUGUCAGAGCAGGAAAAUGAAAUUUAUUUAGAGUUUGAUGCUUCCAUGUUUGCCAGAAGCUUAAAUAGUCUAAGGGUAAUGGCAAAGAGUGUUAAAAUUAAAUUGACAAACAAGCGGCAACCUUGUCUCACAUUUGAUAUUGACUUAUCUUCCCUGUCUAUUGACUCACGACAAUGUAUACAUGAUGUGCCGGUGAGGCUUGUACCACGUAAAGAAUGGCUAGAACAUAAAAUGCCAGAUAUUCCCGAAUUUGAUAUAUCGUUAGAAAUACCACACUUGAAGUACCUACGAUGUAUUAUAGAUAGAAUGAAAAAUAUGAGUUCACAACUCAUAAUAAGUGCCAAUAAAUGUGGUACAAUUAUAUUAAAAAUUGAAAUGGACUAUGCUACUGUAUCCACUCACUUUAAAGGAUUGCAAGUUUGGGAAAGCAGAGAAGAACAGGAAUCUAACGAUAUCUCUGCGACUGUGAGCAUAAAGAAAUUCGCAAUGUUUUUGGGUUGGGACAUUCUCCAUCCAGAUAGUGUCAAAUGUAAUUUAUUGCAGGAGAAGAUGGUAAAACUGACUUUAGAUGUAGGAGAAUAUAUUCAAAUGCACUAUUUUAUACCAGCCAUUGCCUCCUGAAUAAAAUGAAAAGAACUUAAA